GCCGCAGAAACCAUCACGAGAUCAACCCGUCUGCCGAGGCAUUGCGCCUCGACAAUGGCCGCUUGGCCUCUUAAACCCCCCUGAACCCCGCACGCGCCCGACUCGCAACCUUACUCCUCUGGCCAUUCCUCGAUUCUCGACCCCGACGAAGACCACCAGCGACCGACCAUGCUGCUGCGGCGGCCCAUCCUCGCCGCCGUUGGGCGGUCGGCGUCGGCGUCGGCGUCGGCGGGGACCCCUCAUGCCGCCAUGCCCGGGAUUCCAUCCGCAGCCGCGCGGCCACCGCCGCCCCCAUCGCCGACGCUCUUCUUCUCCCGCGCGCACCGCAGCAGCAGCGGCGGCGCCGGCAGCUCCCGCCGCCUUCAAGAAACCAUCCCCUCGUCGCCCAUCCGCGUGCUCCGCGCCGUCGACGCCAUCCGGCGCUGGCGCAAGCCGCACGUCGUCAACCACCGCUCCGUCGGGCUCGUGCCCACCAUGGGCGCGCUGCACGAGGGCCACCUCGCGCUGGUGCGGGCCGCGGCGCGCGAGAACCACCACGUCGUGGUCAGCAUCUACGUCAACCCGGCGCAGUUUGGCGCCCGCGAGGACCUCGGCUCCUACCCCGUCACCUGGGACACCGACGUGGCGGCCCUGGCGCGCCUCGACCGGGAGCUCGCCGACGACGGGGCCAACCUCGGGCGCGUCUCGGCCGUCUUCGCCCCCGCGACCCAGGACAUGUACCCCUCGGGGUUCCCCGGCCAGGAGGUGGACAGCAAGGGAAGCUUCGUCACCAUCACGCCCGUCGGCGAGGUCCUCGAGGGCGCGAGCCGGCCGACCUUUUUCCGCGGCGUCGCCACCGUGUGCAUGAAGCUCUUCAACAUCGUCCAGCCCGACCGCGUCUACUUUGGCCAAAAGGACGUCCAGCAGACCGUCGUCAUCCGCCGCAUGGUCCGCGACCUCAUGGUCCCCACCCACGUCGUCGUUUGCCCCACGGAGCGCGAGCCCGACGGCCUCGCCCUGAGCUCCCGCAACGUCUACCUCGGCACCCGCCGCCGCCGCGUCGGCAUCGUGCUCAACAGCGCGCUGCGCGCCGCCGAGGCCGUGUACCGCGCCGGCCGCCGGCUCGACCGCGACGCCAUCCUCGGCGCCGCCCACGAGAUCGCGGGCACGGUGCUGCGCGCGCAGACGGAGCUGCCGCCCGACGAGCGCGCCCUCUUCGAGGUCGACUACAUCUCGCUGGCGGACCCGGACACGCUCGAGGAGGUGGACGCCGUCGACCCGGAGAGGGGCGCCGUCAUCAGCGGUGCCAUCAAGAUGCUGCCGCUGGAGCAGGCGCGCGAGGGGGAGGACGUGGGCCACGCGGGCGGGCCGCAGGUCAGGCUGAUAGAUAACAUUAUACUCAAGCCGACGAGUCCAUAGAAGCGCACAUUUAAGGGGAGUUUUACCCGUUUGUUCUACUGGAGAUUUUGGAGACUACGCAUGGCAGGAGCUGAGUGUGGGAUAAGGGAGGGGGGAUGGCAUUCAUGUCGGAGACAAGCAUUGCAUGGCGUUGCAAAACACUUUGGAGGUGACCCAUCAUCGUAGGCAACUUCGAGCGCGCGUCCACCGAAUUUCGUUUCCUGGGUAUAUGAAGAGAAUACAUGUGCU